CUUUGUAAACUGUGAAAUAAGGUUAUGGUCGAUUUUGAUUUUUUAUAGGUUAUAUUUUUCAAGGAAUAUUUGAGUAUUAACAGAUAGAGAAUAAAAUAAUGUCUAAAAAUCAAUCACAACGAACCCUGAAAGACGAUGUCGUUCAAGCUGUCGUUUUUGCUGAUUCCUUCAAUGAUAAUUUCGUACCUUUUUCAAAAAUAAUUUCUCCUUGCUUGCUGUCUUUAGCAAAUCGUCCUCUCCUGGAUUACACGCUACAAAGUUUAUCUGCUGGCGGAGUCAAUGAAGUAUUAUUGUUCUGUGCAACAUUUCCUCAACAAGUAAAACAAUUUGUCAAUGAUGGAGAAUGGGGUGAUUUGACAAUAAAUGUGAUUGUUUCGGAGGGCUGUCGGUCAGUAGGAGAUGCCAUGCGUGACCUGGAUGCUAAAGCCCUCAUCCGCAAGGACUUCAUUCUUGUCAGUGGAUUUCUUAUCGCAAAUCUCAAUUAUGAAUCAAUGUUGAAAAAACACAGCGAGUUUAGGAAGUUGGAUCUCGCAGGACAGACGCUAGCAAUGACAGUGCUAUUCAAAGAUGGAGGUAAUAGAAGAUAUCAUUCCAGUCAUGAUACUACUUACAUCAUGGAUUCCACCACAAAUCGUAUCUUAUGGCAAAAUAAGUCAUCUACAAAAAAGAAAGUGGAAAUACCAAUGGAAAUCAUUCUGAGCGGAAAUACGAUAGACAUCUGCCACGGAUUGCUCGAAACAAGGGUUUACAUCUGCUCCAACAAUGUGCCUCCUCUUUUCUCCGAUAAUUUUGACUUUCAAACAAUGGAUGAUUUUAUUAGAGGACUUUUGAUGAAUGAAGAGAUCAUAGCUAGCACACUCUAUGGCCACUUACUGCAAGGGGCCAACUAUGCAGCUACCGUUGAAUCGUGGGCCGAUUAUCAGACGAUAACAAAUGAUCUCCUGCAUCGUUGGAAUCCUCUUGUACCGGAUGUCUUCAACAAAUACUCAUUUCACAAACGUAGUGUCUAUCUAGGAAAAAAUAUAACACUUUCAAAGGGAUGUUCCGUUGGGCAAGAUGUGAUUAUUGGUGAUAAAUGCUCCGUAGGUGAGAAUACUGUUAUCAUAGGAUCGGUUCUCGGGAAUAAUUGCACUGUUGGAAGUAAUGUGCAAUUGAUAGGAUGUUACAUAUUUGACAAUGCUGUUAUUGAGAGUGGUUCUGAUAUAAGCUAUUCUGUUAUUGGCGAAAAGUGUAGAAUAGGAGCAAAAGUGACGAUUUCGGAUGGCUGCAUUCUGGGCCCACAGGUUGUCAUCGAUGCUGACAAAUAUUUGUCUGACUUGCGGCUGCAAUCCACUCCUGACUCUCGUGCACACCAAAUGUGUGUUGGUGCGCAUGCGUAUGCAUGUCCGGUGGACAGCGACGACGACUCAGAGUGUGAAGAAGACUUGACCUACAAGCAAGCCGGGGGGCGUGGACUCUUUUUCGCCGUCUCUGAUUGGACGGUGACUUAUGAGGGGGAAGUCACCUCCGAUAGUGAUGACGAGAGUAUGCAUGAAAUCGGCCAAGAGUUGGACGAUACUAAAAUUUUCUAUCAAGAGGUUCUUGACUCUCUGAUCAGAGGUUACUCGGAGAAAGUGCCCUGUGAUAAUCUUAUUCUUGAAAUAAACUCAUCAAGGUACGCUUACAAUGUGACAUUGAGGGAACUGAAUUGCCUGGUAAUGAAAGCCGUGCUGAGGCUACCAGCUGGCGAUGCUUCAAAUGUUGCUUCGUAUUGGGAACUCCUACAGAAAAAGCUGUCUUUCUUCGAUCCCAUUAUGAAGAAGUACAUAAGAAAUGAAGAGUCUCAAAAAGAUUGCUUGUUAGCUAUUGAGGAUGCGAGUGAGGAAGAUGCGAUGUUGUGUGAUGUUUCUAUGAAGCUGCUGCAUUACCUGUACAAUGAAGACUUUCUGGAGUCGGAUGUAAUUGAGUCGUGGUACAAGCAAUCAAGUGAAACCGCUCAUGCUAAAGUACUCAGAAGCAAAAUCCAACGAUUUAUAACGUGGCUUCAGGAACUAGAAAGUGGCUCUGAAGACGAAUCAGACUCUGAAUAAAAGUGUCUGUACAAUGUGAAUUUAUCUAAUUUUUUCAAGCCCCUGUGAUCGAACUCCUGAUAGUUUGUAAUAGUUUCUGGAAUAAAUAAAUUUUAUUCACGAUAA